AUGGCAUAUGCUUGUGAGAGCGAAGACUGUGACUAUGAUGCCCCAAGUUUGGGGGAUAGGAAUCAUGCUCUGAAAACCUUUAAUGUUCUCAAUCAACUUAAUUCUGAAAAGAGGAGGAGCAAUCCAUCCAACGUUAUACCUUUCAUCGGGAUCACAGAUACAGGCAAAUUGAACAAACACUGCUGCAAAAAUGGAGGAACUUGUUUCCUGGGAACGUUUUGUAUAUGCCCAAAACAUUUCAGUGGGAGAUACUGUGAAUAUGAUACAAGGAUCAGGAAUUGUGGUUCCCUCGGACAUGGUGAGUGGUCUCAAGAAGAAUGCCAAUUAUGUCGCUGUAUUUAUGGGACUCUGGAAUGCCUGCCUAAUGUUCACAAGCAAGGAUGUGAGUCUGCUGCUUCCAGAUGACCUGGACAUUCAAAGAGACCCUUUAGCUAUCCUUCAAAGGAGAAAUUACUUCAACUCAAUCUUGAAACCAGAUCUGAACGUGAACACAUUUCUACAGGACAUGAGACAUAUCUUUGGAAAUCUUCA